AUGGAGUACAACUCCUUCCGUGGCAAUGCUGCCCCUGGCGGCGGGAACUUUGCCAUGCAGCCUUCUCAGAUGCCCAGCUUCUACUUCGACACAACCCCAGGCGGCACAUCACAAUUCCAUUCUGGUCCUUCCGUCCCCGCGCCCACAGCAUCACAUGGUAAUAUGCAGACGAACCAGCCCGUAUCGAUCCCAACAGGCCCCGCGGCGAUGACGAGGUUACCGCCGCCAAACGCCCCUACCGAGCCAAAAGGCAAGCUCAACAAGAAAGCCAAGGCUCGGGGCGAGAAAGGAAGCAAGCGCAAGAUCAAGAGCAACAACGGCCCAGCAGAGGAACGCGACAAGUGCUACAAGCGCCUGCAGCGCAUCUGGGCCGACGCCGCCGUCCAGGCCUCCCACCCGGACGGCCUGCGCUGGGACCAGACCAACACGGUCCUCGUCGACGACUCGCUCGAGAAGGCCCGCAGCGAGCCCUUCAACCUGCUGCGCAUCCCCGAGUUCUUCGGCGACGCCGACGAGGCCACCGACGUGCUGCCCCAGGUCCACGACUAUAUCAACGCUCUCUGUUACCAGGCCGACAUCAGCCAGUACAUGCGUCUCCAUCCUUUUGGCCUUCGGGACGACUACACGCUCGAGCGUCCGCCUUCGGCGUAA